CAUGAUUAUACCUUACAAGUACAGUAGUAUUAACUGGUAUUACUCGUGUAUUGACAUAGAGUGACAUAGAUGAAACAUAUCAAUUGCAGAGAUACAGGUGCCUUAAUUUGGAUUAUACAUACAGCAGUAUUUGAUCGAACAAAUCUUACAAGAUAUCUCCAAAUAUUUCUGGAUUCACAAUAUGACUAGACUGGUAGUUGGACUUUUCCUUUGUCUUCAGUUUCACACGACAGUAUCCUAUCCAGGUGACCAACCUUCUAACAUUGAAUGCACUUUUGAACCAAGUGAUACAAACUGUAGACUACAAAAUAAAAAAUUAUGGAAAAGGGGGCAACCACGAGAUUUGCCUUCCUAUGGACCAAGAUUGCCGACAGUGGACCAUACCUACGGAACAGAAGCAGGAACCAUUUACUACACACACGGUGCCUACGGGGACAGUCAUUCAAUAGCUUACGUUGACUUUGAAAAAAUCUGGGACCUGACAACCGAAUCAAAAUGCAUAGAAUUUUGGUAUUUCUGCAAUUGGAACUACACAAGCAACUAUGUAUACGUAGGAACGCAGUUAGGUACACAAACCAAGGAAAUAAAACAAAUAACAGGAAAAACGACGGAGUGGACACAUUUUUAUACGCCAUUGCCGCGUGGUAACUACACUGUUGUCAUUGGUGCACAUGUAGCUAAUUAUCUUUGUAUAGAUGACAUCCGGGUCUAUGAUUGCCCAAAUGAGCACACUGAUACACCCAUUCCGACAGAAGUGAAGCGCUGCGACUUUGACACAGAUAACUGCGAUUUUAGCGAGAAUAUUUAUGAUAUCUUGCAGUGGACGAGAUCAGAAAUCAGCACAGGUUUACAUGUGAAAACGGAAGCAUGGGAACCACGCGUUGAAGGCGACCAAGCUCAAAUUUACGAAACUAGCCCUAUGACUGUCCCUAACUCUACAAUGCCGUAUUGUCUAGAAUAUAACUAUGGCAAAAUUGGAAUGACAAAUCCAUUUGGAUAUUUGCAAAUCAACAAUCGCUUCCCAGAUUCCAGUAUACAAACUCUUAGAUCGAUUGAUUUAUCACAAGAGCAGAUUGCGGAGAACAAUUGGGAAGUGAUCGUACUGCCCCCUGGCGUCAACUACUUGGCAUUCACCUACGUUAUGAAAGGAGCGUCCUCUGGCGGACCUAAGAUAAAUGGAUUUAAUGUAUACCAGUGUCCUUUCUUGGGUACCUAUGAUUCUUCCCCACCUCCAGUGUUUCAAACUAAGUUAAAUUGCGAUUUUGAGACGGACGCGUGCUCAAUGACCAGCGCAAACGGCAACGUUGAACAAUAUGUAGUGUCGGGAGGGUCUACUGAUCACGGGCCACCUGUUGAUCACACCACGGGUACAGUUGACGGUAAAUUCCUGAAACUAAAUUCAUCCAUGCAUUCGAUUAGCACGCCAUCUAUCAUGUCAAAUCCUCAGAUGUGUGUAGAGCUCUAUGUUUACCUCACGGAUACUUCGCAGAUUAUGAAUGUUUCGCAUUCUACCGAAGAGAUAUGGAACAGUCGCACAGAUGAGAGUCUAAAACUAGAUGCAUGGAAUCAGAUAUUCGUGAAUAUGCCUGCAACUGGACAUAAUGUGGUACACAUCGAUGUAAGGUCAUCAAACAGUAGCUAUCGGGGAAAUUUGGGAUUCAUUGAUGACCUAAAGAUAGACUAUUGUGGAGUUUUGGAUUCAGCCCUGAUUCCAACAAGACCCACCGUUCCUCCUCCAAUGACAGCGUCGACAGCACAAGGUGGACGUACUUCUACUGGAACUCGUCAGGCUUCAGAAUCAACAACAACGAAAUGGUAUACGCCAUGGCCAACUACACAACCAGCAUUACGAAGAUGCUACAAGUGCUCUCACUCACCUAUAGACCUAAACCAUAACGAAGCGUGUAUAAGUGACCCUAAAGGCUUGGGUACAUG